GAAAAUUUAAAACCCCCUCAAAGCAAGCGAAGAACCCUACUAGGGUUUUAGGACAAGCUGCCAUUUUUUUCUCUUCCGGAAUUGCGUCGUUUCUCGAGCCGAAAUGGGUUUCUGGGGGCUUGAAGUGAAACCUGGGAAGCCUCAACCUUAUAACCCAUGCAAUGUACGAGGGCAGCUUCACGUAACCCAGGCUACUCUGGGCCUUGGCUCGGGCGAGACAAAGACUGUGCUUCAGUGUUCGAUAGGAGACAAGAGCCCGAUUUACUUGUGUUCGUUGUUACCAUCCACAAUCGAAUGCUGCCCUUUGAGCCUUGUGUUCGAUGACAAUGACGAGUUAGUUGAGUUCUCGGUGAUCGGUGAAAAGAGCAUCCAUCUGUCUGGAUACUUUGAGGAGUAUGAGCUUGACUCCGAUCAGGAGGAAGAUGAUUCAGAUGGAAUUGACAUUGCUGAGACCGAUUCGGAUGAGUCAUCUUUAUAUGGCAGCGAAGGGGACUAUGAUACUGAAGAGGACUUCAUUGACGACGAUGACGAUGAUAUUGCUAUGUAUCAGCAGUCCUCUGUCCCCAAUAGUGGAGUUGUAAUUGAGGAGAUAGAAGAUGAAGAGAAACCUGCCAAAGAGGUUCAGCCAAAACGUUCCAAGAAGAAGUGUCAGUCUAGUGAAGACGAGAAUCUGAAGAAACAAAUUAUCGUCAAAGGCAGCGCCCGGGUUCCGGUUCUGGAGAGUGAAGAUGAAGAUGGUUUUCCCGUUUCCAAGGAAGAAGCUGAUAAAACAGAUGAGAAGAAAGGGAUAGAUGACAGUGAUCAAACAAGCAAGAAAAAGCGGAAGGCCAUAGCUGCUGGGCAAGAUGGUGGUGAAAUCGAAAGUGAAAAGAAGAACAAAAAGAAGAAGAAGCAGAAAGAGAGGAAAGGAGGGGAAAACUCCAAUGGGGCAAAUGAGGCUGCCGUUGAACAAGCUCCAAAGGAAAAUGAGCUCAAAAACGAGGAAACUCACCAGGUUUCUUCGGAUAAGAAUGAAAGCUCCAAGAGCCCGGACACCACUUCUGAGAAGAAAAAGAAAAAGAAGAGAAAGAAGAACAAGGAUCAAGAAGCUGAAGAUAAAACCGUUUCUGGUAAUAAUCAAGAUAAGCAAAAGUUAGGUUCUGUCUCUGAGGGGAAUCAAGAGAACUCCAAGUCAUCCCAAACUCGAACUUACCCUAACGGCCUCAUUGUUGAAGAGUUAGUCAUGGGCAAACCUGAUGGCAAGAGAGCUUCUCCGGGGAAACAGGUUAGUGUACGGUACAUAGGAAAGCUUCAGAAGAAUGGCAAGAUUUUCGAUUCCAACAUCGGAAAAGCGCCCUUUAAGUUCCGGCUAGGUGUUGGCCAGGUCAUUAAGGGAUGGGAUGUUGGUGUUAACGGCAUGCGUGUGGGGGACAAAAGAAGGCUUACAAUUCCUCCAUCAAUGGGGUACGGCCACAAAGGUGCUGGUGGGCAGAUCCCUCCAAACGCUUGGCUUGUCUUUGAUGUUGAACUCAUCAAUGUCAACUGAUCUCCUCUCUUCUUGGAACUUCAAGACAAGGCAACAAGAAAAAAAAGGGUUCUGUCAUUUUGAUGUUCAGAAAUGUCUAUUUGCCAUUUAAAACUAAAAACGAGACAGCUCCCGGGUAUUAUUAAUUUUUUGCAUGAAGUUUUGUAUCCUGCCCAACAUUUUAAAACCAAUUUUUAAAAUUCUA